AUGCAGAGGUCUAGACUACUAACUGACACCGACAAUCCAGAUCUCACCGGCUCAUCACCAGAGCCAGCAUCAACAUCACUCGCCGGCACAACCCACGACCUGCACCUCAAAACCUCCUACUACACCGCCUCCGUCCCCAUCUGGCUGGACAUCAUCGCCUCCCCCUCGGAGUGGGCCUCAUCCUUCCUCUCGGACGAGGCCCGCGAGGUCCUCGCCGUCUUGGGCGGCCUUGUCCUCGUAUUUGCGAUACCCAGCGCAAGUCCCACGGCUUUGACUGCGGACAACCAACUCCCUAGCCUCAUUCGGCAUGUUGGCAGCGUCCUUCAGAAAGGCCUUGGUGGUUGGGACUGGGAUGGCGUCAGGCUGGCGGUUGGCAUUGGUGAAGGCGAUGCCGAUGACUGGGAUGAGCUGUGCUCUGAGUUUGGGAUGGAGUUUGUGCAGCUGAAAAGCGGGCAAAAGGAGAAGAACGAAUUUGGAGAAAAGACGGGCAUACCUCGUGUCAAGGAAGCCCUCGAGUCAAACGACUGGGAACAGCUCAACGAUGGCCCCGUCUCCGAAUUCAGCGAAACGCGCUCCGACAAGUCUGAUGAUGACUUGGCAAAUUUCGAUCCCGAGAGCUUGGACUUUGGUGUUGACCGUUCCGACUUUGAGGGUUUGCGAAUGGCGAUAUGGAACACAGGUCGACUCGACCCUGAGGUUGGCGAUUCCGCCUCCGCAAAGCAAGGCGAGGCAGAUCAGUCCAAGGUGUCCGAUGUCAGCGCAGGCUCGGCUGCUGCGGUUGACCAACCCGGCGAGGCGGAAGAUCGCGACCUCGACGACGAGGAUGUCGCCAAGGUGGAGAAGAUGAUGAGGAAGCUUCAGGCGGCUAGGGAAAUGGGCGAGGGCAUGGGCGAGGCGCAGAGGAGGCGGCUGGCAGCCAAAGCCGUUGAAGAGGUCAUGAGAGAGCUGUGA